AUGGCAACAAUGAGUGCUGCUUCAGGCUCAAAGCCGCAGUGCGAGUGCCGGCACAACACGUGCGGCGCGAGCUGCGAGCGCUGCUGCCCGCUGCACAACCAGCAGCCGUGGCGCGCCGGGACGGCCCGCGACGCCGCCGCCUGCCAGCCCUGCCAGUGCUUCGGGCACGCCUCCAGCUGCCGCUACGACCGCGCCGUCGCGCUCGCCCGGCGCAGCCUCGACACCGGCGGCCGCUACAGCGGCGGCGGCGUCUGCGUCAACUGCUCGGCCCAUACUACAGGGAACAACUGUGAGCAGUGUGUAGAUGGUUGGUAUCGUCCUUCAGGGGUGAGUCCAGAUAACCCAAAUCCAUGUGUACCGUGUGACUGCAACUCUUCUGGUGCAACAGGAAAUUGUGCUAAAGAUGACACCAAUGGAAAGGUUGCUGGAGCAUGUGAAUGUAAACCAGGCUAUUCUGGAUAUCACUGUGAUCGCUGUGAUAUAUGGUACCGUGGAUUUCCUCAGUGCACACCAUGCCUCUGUGACCCACGAGGAUCCAUUGCAGGUGCCUGUGAAAAGGAGUGCAUUUGUAAAAAGAAUGUUGAUGGCCAACAGUGCGACCACUGCAAACCUGGUUUCUUUGGAUUAGAUGAGAACAAUCCUGAUGGUUGCAAUGAAUGCUAUUGCUCAGGAGUGAGCACAAUCUGUGAAAAAGCGACACUGUAUUAUGAUUAUGUUUCAUCACUAUCUGGAUGGUUAGUUAGUGAUUUCUUGGUGAGCCGAACAGUUGUUCCAUCAGUUGAGAAAAUGACAAUGAACUUGUAUGUUGGAAAUUAUGAUUUAUCUGGCGUGGACAUGUACUACUGGCUUGCUCCAAAGGCAUACAGCAACAGCAUUUUGACAAGCUAUGGUAACAAUAUAACUUUUGAAAUAAGCUGGGUAGUCAUGAGAGGAGACACCAGUGGUCAGCCUAUUGCAGGACCACUGCUCAUUUUGAUGGGAAACAAUGGUUUGAAGAUUGGUUACGGAUAUGAAGAAUUCUAUGAAACAAAUGUGACAAUUAGCAUUCCAUUACAUGAAAACGGAUGGUACCUUAUCCCAGAGGAACUGAAAGAUAUUAAAGCUCACACAGCCCCUACAGAAUAUCAAGGGGCUGAUGUCACUCGAUAUCAGUUUAUGAGUGUUCUUUCAGAUCUCAAGCAUUUAAUGCUGAGAGCAAAAUACAACACAGAUCAACAGAAAGGAAGAUUGAAAGCUGUGUCACUGAAAACUGGCUUACCAAGUGCAGAUGGAGCAGUGGCACGCCAAGUGGAAAGGUGUCUUUGCCCGCCAGGCUACACGGGAUUAUCCUGUGAAAAUUGCCAGUAUGGAUAUGCUAAGAUUGGGUCAACAUUACCUUAUGAUGAAUUUGGAUAUGAAUGCAGGAAAUGUAAUUGUAAUGGACAUGCAGCUACGUGCAAUCCUGUUACAGGAGAAUGUUUGGCAUGUGAACACAAUACAACAGGAGGUCACUGUGAGAUAUGUGCUGAUGGUUACUAUGGAAAUCCAGAACAAGGAACACCUGCCGAUUGUCAACCAUGUGCAUGUCCACUUCUGCAACCAAGCAAUAACUUCAGUCCUACAUGUGAAGCACAUGGCAGAGAUGAUUAUGUUUGUACCAGUUGUCCCAUUGGAUAUGCUGGCAAGCAUUGUGAGAUGUGUGCGAGUGACUACUUUGGCAAUCCAUUGGAAAUUGGUUCCACAUGUCAGCCCUGCAAUUGCAAUGGUGGCCCGUGUGAUUCAUACACUGGACAAUGCCUGGAAUGUAAAGGAAACACUGAGGGAUGGAGAUGUGACAAAUGUUUACCAGCACAUUAUGGAGACCCAAUGAGGGCUGACUGCCAUCCAUGUGACUGCAGUGAGGAAGGAUCCCUACAGACAGAUAGAUGUGAUGCAGUUACAGGUCAAUGUGAAUGCCGAGAAAAGUUUUCUGGACAAAGAUGUGAUCGUUGUCAGGAAGGUCUGGGGAAUGUCACGGCAGGAUGCAUUCCGUGCAACUGUCAUCCUAUCGGUUCAAAAUUACCAGCCUGUAAUCCAUUUACAGGAGAAUGUAUGUGUCACAAUGGCAUUCAAGGCCCAUAUUGUGAUACCUGUGCUGAGCUGCAUUACAACUUCUCAUCUUCGGGCUGCAUAGGAUGCGGCUGCCACUCCGUGGGUGCGACGAGCGCGGUGUGCGACAUCGUGACUGGCCAGUGCCCCUGCAGACCCCACACGACCGGCCGCGCCUGCGACCGCUGCCAGGAUGGUUAUUGGGGACUUUCAGCAACGACCCCUUGCGAACCUUGUGGCUGUGAUCGUAUCGGUUCUAUUAACACUUCCUGUGAUCAAGUUACUGGUCAGUGCCAUUGUAAAUCUGGAAUCGGAGGGAGGAUUUGUGAUACUUGCCUUCCACAUUAUUAUGGCUUUUCUGUUUCUGGCUGUUCAAGAUGUGAAUCUUGCAGCAAUGUUGGGCAUAUUUGUGAUCCAGAUACUGGUCGAUGUGUUUGCCCACCUUUCACUGAAGGAAACUUGUGUGAGCGCUGUCAGCCAAAUGCUUGGGGUUUCGUAUUGGGAAGAGGCUGUAAGGCAUGCAACUGUGAUGUUGCUGGCUCUUUACAGCAGAGAUGUGACAGUACAAGUGGCCGUUGCAUGUGUCGUAGAGGUUUUCACGGUGACAGAUGUUCGUCGUGUGCUGUUGGCUACUAUGGUUACCCAGUGUGUAGACUGUGUGACUGUCAUCUGCCUGGAACACAACAGGAUAAAUGUGACACAAAGACUGGGCAGUGUCUGUGCGAUGAAUCAGGACAGUGUCCCUGUAAAGCAAAUGUUGUUGGAAAAAAAUGUAAUGAGUGCAAGGAAGGUACGUUUGGUCUGCAAGCAGAUAAUCCAGAUGGAUGCACUCAGUGUUUCUGCUUUGGUCGUACCACAGCUUGCACCCAGGCUGGGCUGACCUGGAGCCAAAUUAUGAUGCCCAGGUCAAGGACUCUUGAAGUAAUGUACACUACAGAUCCUCCCCAGUUUAAAGGAAUGCCAUCAGUAUUCCCAUUUGAGUCACAGGACAUCAAUUAUAUACAGGUUCAAAUUCCAGGAAAAAACAUCCUUUUUAACACCUCAGGAGGUAAUUUAAACGUAACUAACAGUCUCCUAAUCAUACCAGGUGAAGCAGGAGACGUUAAAAUUGGAAGCAGCUAUCUUUUUGGAACUCCACUGUACUGGCAGCUACCAAAACAGUUUCUUGGUGACAAGAUAUUGUCUUAUGGUGGUUAUCUACGAUUUACAAUCCAAUCUGAAAACAGCAACAGAAUUUUUCCUGUGAAGACAGUGCCAUCAUAUCCCCUGGUACAAUUACAGGGAAAUGGAAGAAUAAUUUUGGAGUAUUAUCCUGUUGCAUCAAAUCCUCAUGGACAUUAUGAAAUCAGGUUCCAUGAAUCUUUGUGGAGACAGAAAGGGAAGCUGGGAGAAAAAGUAACACGGGAGAUAUUAAUGAUUGCUUUGCAAAACAUUCAACAUAUACUGAUACGUGCAACAGACUCACUAGAUUUCUCAAAGGUUGUCCUAAGAGAUGUAACAUUAGAUACUGCUGUGGCUGUUCCUGGGCAGCCCCCACCUCUUGCAAAAGGAGUUGAACUCUGUGCUUGUCCACCUGAAUAUAACUCAACUUCAUGUCAGGAUCCAAGCAUUGGCUUUUAUCGAUGGUAUGACAACAAUCAGAUAACGUCGACCAUAAUCAUCAAACUUGUUGGUGAAGCACGUCCUUGUCAGUGCAACAACAGAUCUUCUAUCUGUGAUAUUGAAACAGGCUAUUGUCUUAACUGCAGCGAAAAUACCAGUGGUCCACACUGUGAUCGUUGUGCAGAAGGCUUUUAUGGAGACCCAGAGAGAGGUUCAUGCCUGCCAUGCCCUUGCCCACACCCAGUACCAGGAGGCAAUUUUGCAGUCAGAUGCAGAGUAACACCAGGACAUGUUCACUGCCAUUGUCGCCCAGGAUACACUGGCAAAAGAUGUGAAAGAUGCAGCUAUGGUUGGUAUGGGUUCCCACUCUCAAAGGGUGGUUCAUGUGUUCCUUGUAAUUGUAAUAAAUAUGGAAGUGUAAGUGAUGAAUGUGAUGAAGAGACAGGUCAGUGUAACUGUCGUACUGAUAUAACUGGCAGGGACUGCAGUUUGUGUCAGGAAAGGCGCAACAUUCUGACCCAACGUGGCUGCAUGUCAUGUGAUGAUAAAUGUACUGGUGUACUUCUUGAUGAACUGGAGAAUCUAAGUUUUAUUUUAUCAACAAAUACAGAGCACCUUUCGGCUGGUUUUGUACCACCACCGUGGACUGCCUUAAGGACAAUUCAAAAUAAUUCUGAUAGCCUUAAACAAGAACUUGACGAAUGGAUCACUGUAAUAGAAAAAGUGAGAUCACUUCCGGCUGGUUUUGGAGAAGAGCUAAGGAAAAAAGCAAAAGCUCUCAUGAACAGGGUAAAGAAACUUGAGAGGAAUUCAAAACAUGCAGUGGAAAGUGCGGUAGAUGUUAGAACUGAGGCUACAGCUAUCCAGAAAGAAAUUUUACAGCAACGGACAGAAAGUAAAGAUAUAAUUAAGAAGCUGCAGAAUUUUGGUAAAGAUGGGACAGCAGUAAAUAUUGAUCUAGCACUUCAAGAAUCUCACAUAUUACUUGAUAAGAUAAGGAAAAAUGACCUAGGAAAGAGAGGACAAAAUGCACUUAAUAUACUUAGAGGGUGUGAAAAACUAUUGAAGAAUAUCAAGAAUUUAAUACAGUCUGCACCAAGUACACAAAAACUCAAGCAGAAGUUGAACAGUUUUCACGAGAAGUUAAAUGACUUAAAUGCCAUCCUUCAAAAUAUGACACAUACUUUGAAUAAGGUUGAAAACAUUAAUCACCAAAAUAACAGGAAACUAAAGGAAACUGAUAAUGAUCUGCAGGAAAUACUCAAAUGGGAAGAUGAUAUUAAUAUUUUAUCAGAUACAAAUAAAUUUCUCAUAAGUAAUGCAAGUUUAUUCUUGGAUGAGGCUUCCAGAAGAGCAUCGAUUCUUCGAAAUACGCAAAGGGAAUUGUCAAAUCUAACAGAGCGGCUUCAAGAAACGGAAAACAAACUUAGCAGGCUAAAUCCAGCAUACAGAGAUAAAUAUGUCAUCCCAGCUCAAGAGCAUGCCCACAAAUUGUAUGAAAGAGUGAAAAACAUGAGACGAAUGUUGAAUGCCACACUGGAAGAUGCAAGUUUCGCUCUUAGGGCAAGUAACGCAUACAGGGAUAUUGUUACUGCACUGAAAAGAGCAGAAGAAGCUGCAGUGAAUGCAACAAUUGCAGCAGAUGCAGCUUAUGGAAAGGUUUAUCCUGGAAUACUUGAAGACUCACUUCUUGAACAAUCAAACAUUGCUAAGGCUGAUUCAACUCGUUUAAUCAGUCGAGCAAGUCAACAGCUAAAACGUGUUGGAGAACUGCAAAGAAAGUUUGAUGAUGAAAAUAAAGCAGUUGAUCUACUGAGGGAAACUGUAAGAUCAGCAGCAGAGGAAGAUAAUGCCAUUUCCAGGGAACUGCAAAAAUUUAAUACUGAUAAAGUUGCUGUUUCCGUGAACAAUACUGUGGAAAAACUAGGGAAAGUAAUGAAAACUGUCAAUGGUGCACAAUCCAAAGCUGAAAAGGUGGCAUUUAAAGUGAGGUCUGAACUGAGACCUCAACUUGAACAAAUUGACACAGACCUACAAUUGUCAAAGAUUGAAGAAAAUAUAUCGCAGACUAGAAGUACAGUAAAGCAGGCUGAUGAUGUGCUCCUAAAGUUGACUGAAGAGGCAAAUCAGAAGCGGCGUAAGUUUCAACAAUGGAACGAUACUUUUGCAGAAAAACUACAGAGGCUACGUGAUAGUAUAACAAAAGCUCGACAUGCUGCUGAUGGUAUCCGUCUCUCCAUUACUAGUAAUGCUAAUAAUGGUUGUGUGCGAUCUUAUAAACCUAAGACUCUGGUUCCUACUAUUACAACAUCAAUUAUUUUAAAUUAUGCUGUUGAUUCAGAUGAGAAGGAUGCAUUGCUGUUCUACCUGUCAAGCAGUAAUUCCUCAUCAAAAGAUUUCAUAGCACUCGAGAUGGUAAACAGAAAAAUUCGUUUUCUUUGGGAUGUUGGAGGUGGAGUGGGAAUUAUCACACAUCCCAGAAAAAUAGAAACAGCUGUUCUCAAGGAAGACAAGAACUGGUAUCGCAUAGAGGUGGAGAGGACAAGCAACAUAGCAAAACUUGCUGUUAGGCACCAAGUUUUACCUGAUGGAUCACCAGAAUACAGUGGUGAUCCUCAAACAAACAGUACUGCUCCAGGAUUUGGACGUUUAGAUGUUGGACCUGAUGAUGUUGUUUGGAUUGGAGGCUUGCCGCCAUACAUUCCUGUUCCACCACAGUUGCUCAGUGCAAGAAAAAAGUUUGUUGGGUGUUUGCAUCGAGUUGUUCUUGAUGGAAGACCAAUAGGAUUGUGGAACUUUAACAGUGAAAUCAAGGGAAGUUGUACAGCUUGCAUUGAAGGUGUUGAAGAAUCACGAGAUGAGCAAUCAUACAGGUUCACUGGUGAUGGAUAUGCAAUACGAGAUGCUACUUUGUACGAUAAAUAUGCUUUCAGUAUAUCACUGAAAAUCCGGACGUUGGAUGAAAAUGCACUUAUAUUCAUGGCUGUUAACAAAAAUAAGGACCAGUUUGUAGCUGUAGUAAUGAGGGAAGGGAAAGUUAUUUUUAUAAUACUCUAUGGUGAUGGAAAUCGCCUGGAAAUAUCAACUUCCAAUUUUUACAACACUGGAAAAUGGUUUCACAUAGAUGCCAUUAGAUUUUUUGACCGAAGAUCAAAUCAUGAAACAGCAAAACUCAAGAUCGGGAAUGAUGAACAUGAAGCAUCCCCCAUCUCACCUCAGAGUUCUGACACUAUUCCAGAUUUGUCUGAGGCUUAUUACCUGAUUGGUGGUCUGCCUCCAGGGUGUGACUUGGCUCAGAAUAACAUCGGCUUUACAAAACCGUUUUUAGGUUGCAUGUCAGGUAUACAAGUUGUAAAUGAGGGAAUUAAUCCUCUUCAAGGAAAAUUUUAUGGAGUAGAAGCUUCGUGCUCCCUGUCACUCAGAGUAGUUAGUUUUGAAGGGAAUGGAUAUCUGGAAUUACCAUCACACACACUCAAAAGAAAAUCCUCCUUUGAAUUUGUUUUCCGGAGUUUGCAGAAUGAUGCUCUGCUUAUGCUUACCACAUCAGCGAAGACUGAUUCAUUGGACGAAGAGAGAACUGAAAAGUCUCACAAUGUGUCACAUUAUUAUUCUGUAUCACUCAAGAAUGGUAGAAUUAUUGUAUGGUUAGAUGCUGGAUUUGGAAAGGCUGUGCUCACCUCAGCCACCUCUUUCAAUGAUGGGCAGUUUCAUGUUGUGUCAGUAAUAAAGCAAUCAAGGAAGCUGGAACUGAGAGUUGAUGAUGCAUGGCAGAGCACAGCUGUUUUACCGGGAAGUGCUGUUGUUAUUAAAGCUCCAGGAAAAACUGGUGGACUUUACUUUGGUGGUGUACCUCAGGAUAUAAAUUGGCACAGUAUGGCAGCAAGUGCAAAUCCAAUGGUUGGCACAAUCAAGGAUGCAAACUUCAAUAAUGAACUGCUUCAGUUUGAUGACCCAGUUUCUUUUAAACAUGCAGCCAUUGGACGCUCAAGCAGAAGUAUUCCUGAUCGGAACAACAUCCAGUUUAUACCACAAGGAAGUAUUUGGCAUAAAAUGAAUAAGUGUCAGGUUGCCAGUUAUUCAGUGGAGCAAGGUGCAGUGAAAUUUGGAGAUUCUCAUCAGAGCCACAUAAAAAUGGAUCUUGGUGUCCGGAGCAUCUUGCAGAAGAACUUUGCUUUAGAAUUUGAUUUUAGGACAUUCUACCCAAAUGGGCUUCUGUUCUUCAUUCCAGAUUCAAGACGGAAACAGAGGCAUUACAUUGUAGGAACAUUAUUUAACAAGAAAAUGAAAGUAGUAAUUAAAAAAGGAAAACGGCAAAACAAAAUUGUAACUCAUUCUGACCUGAAUGAUGGUCUGUGGCACCAUGUAUCCCUCCAAAGAGAGAAACAGAAUCUUAGAUUAUUCAUUGAUACAAUCAGAAAUGGGACAAUGAAAUACCCAAAAAAGCUAAAUAUCCGAAAUAUAAUGUACUUUGGAGCUCUGCCAGAAGCAGGACUUCAGUUUGCAUCAGCUGAUGAAGAGGUUAAGAGGUAUGAGACAUUCAAAGGGUGUAUACGCCAUCUGACAAUUAAUGGGCAAACAGAAGAUCUUGUUGGACCAAAAGCAACGCAUCACAAAGUUGGACAGUGCUUUCCUCGUGUGGAAGCAGGGUCUUACUUUUCUGGAGAUGCCUAUGCUAUUUACAAAGAGAAUUUUGAGAUUGUGGAUCCACUGGAACUGGAACUGGAAUUCCGAACAUCUGAAAUUACUGGAGUCCUCCUCAGUGCUGCUACACCAAACAACUCACCAGCAUUCUCCCUGGAGCUAAAUAGUGGGAAGGUCAUAAUGAAAGUUGAUAUGGGAGACAGGAAACCUUUUCGUGUAGAACAAGAAUUUCCAUCACAGUAUACAAUCUGCGAUAAUAAAUGGCAUAGGAUUACAGCAUUUUUUACAAAAGAUGAACUUGCUCUUAAAGUUGACCAGUUACCAAACAAAUAUGGCCUUUCCGGAAAUGGUUCAUUUAUAAAGGCCAGUGUUGGUAUACCACUGUACAUUGGUGGAUUACCAGAUAAUGGAUCUGGUACUAUUUUGGAGACAAGAGACAGCUUUAAAGGUUGCAUCAGAAAUGUGAAAAUUGGGAACAUUAGGAGAGACUGGACUGACAUGGCAUCCUUGCAUAAUAUUCUACUUAACUCUUGCCCAAUCAGUUCAUAAAGUAUAGCUUACAUACGUCAACUUAACUUGCCAUAACUAUGUUCUAGUGUUCCCACUGCAAUGCCUCUUGCUCAAAAGAGAAUGGGAAAAGCAACAGAAGACUGAUAUUAUAACACUGCCAUAAGUAAUUCCUGUGAGAAAGUGGUGUGAAUGACAUUUCAGUUGAUCAAAGGUAUGUCUUAAACAUACUGAACAAUUGAAAAUAAUGAAUGGUGAUGAAUUCCAAUUUUUGUUGUUAUUAACUUAUUUGUUGUCUUGAAAGAAUGUAAUAAUUUAUUCUUAACAGUAGAUUCAUUUGUUACACUAGUUUUUUCCAUUGUAAUAAUAGUGUUUAAAAUGCCAAUCAAGAAUUCAUAUUUGGCUCAAUUUUGUUGCAUUAAAGUACUGUAGUAAUUAAGGUUGUGGAUAGUGAAAAUCAGUAUUAAUUUAUCAAUAAUUUUAGCAUUGACUGUGUAAAUUAGUAUAUAUUUUUGAUACGUAAAAUAGUGAGAAAGCAUUACUCAAUGAUCAUGUAUUUAUUUGUGAAACAUAACUUGUAUAUAUUGGUUUGUGUGUGUGUGUGUGUGUGUGUGUGUGUGUGUGUGUGUGUGUGUUUGUUUGUUUGUUUUCAUGUAUUUGUUUUCUGUACAUUAACAAAGUUAAAUGUAACAUGUUGCAACCAUCAAAAACGUAAAAAAAAAAAAAGUCGGAUCAGAAAGUAUACUUGUAAAAUUCAUGAUC